CGGGCUCGGCCGGCCGGUGCCCCGGCCCUCUGCCCGCCUCCAGCCUUCGCCGCCCACCUGGUCCCUCCUUCUGCCCCUAGCCGCCAUGGAGCAGCCGCCAGCGCCCAAGAGUAAGCUAAAAAAGCUGAGUGAAGACAGUUUGACUAAACAGCCUGAAGAAGUUUUUGAUGUAUUAGAGAAACUGGGAGAAGGGUCUUAUGGAAGUGUAUUUAAAGCAAUACAUAAGGAAUCUGGUCAAGUUGUGGCAAUUAAACAAGUACCUGUUGAAUCAGAUCUUCAGGAAAUAAUCAAAGAAAUUUCCAUAAUGCAGCAAUGUGACAGCCCAUAUGUUGUAAAGUACUAUGGCAGUUACUUUAAGAACACAGACCUCUGGAUUGUCAUGGAGUACUGUGGAGCUGGCUCUGUCUCAGACAUAAUUAGAUUACGAAACAAGACAUUAACAGAAGAUGAGAUUGCAACCAUUCUCAAAUCUACUUUGAAAGGACUAGAAUACUUACACUUUAUGAGAAAAAUACACAGAGAUAUAAAAGCUGGCAAUAUUCUCCUCAAUACAGAAGGACAUGCAAAAUUGGCAGAUUUUGGAGUUGCUGGUCAGUUAACGGAUACAAUGGCAAAACGCAACACUGUGAUAGGAACUCCGUUUUGGAUGGCUCCUGAGGUCAUUCAAGAAAUAGGCUAUAACUGUGUGGCUGACAUCUGGUCCCUCGGCAUUACUUCUAUAGAAAUGGCUGAAGGAAAACCUCCUUAUGCUGAUAUACAUCCGAUGCGGGCUAUAUUUAUGAUUCCCACAAACCCACCACCAACAUUCAGGAAGCCAGAACUUUGGUCUGAUGAUUUCACCGAUUUUGUUAAGAAGUGCCUAGUGAAGAACCCUGAGCAGAGAGCCGCUGCAACACAGCUUUUACAGCACCCUUUUAUUAAGAAUGCAAAACCUGUAUCGAUUUUAAGAGACCUGAUCACAGAAGCAAUGGAGAUCAAAGCUAAAAGACAUGAAGAACAGCAGCGAGAACUGGAAGAGGAGGAAGAAAAUUCGCAUAGUGCCACAAGAUUACCAUCAGCACCGAAAGUAUCUACAUUUAAAAGUAAUCAGGAUGAGGAUGAGCUGGACUCCCACACCAUGGUGAAGACGAGCUCGGAAAGCGUGGGCACCAUGAGGGCCACGAGCACCAUGAGUGAAGGGGCCCAGACCAUGAUUGAACACAACAGCACCAUGUUAGAGUCUGACUUGGGGACCAUGGUUAUAAACAGCGAGGAUGAGGAAGAAGAAGAUGGAACUAUGAAAAGAAAUGCAACUUCGCCACAAGUACAAAGGCCGUCUUUCAUGGAUUACUUUGAUAAACAGGACUUCAAGAAUAAGAGUCAUGAAAACUGUCAUCAGAAUAUACAUGAACCCUUCCCUAUGUCCAAAAAUGUUUUUCCUGAUAACUGGAAAGUUCCUCAGGAUGGAGAUUUUGACUUCUUAAAAAAUCUAAGUUUAGAAGAACUACAGAUGCGGUUAAAAGCACUGGACCCCAUGAUGGAACGAGAAAUAGAAGAGCUUCGUCAAAGAUACACUGCGAAAAGGCAGCCCAUUCUGGAUGCAAUGGAUGCGAAGAAAAGAAGACAGCAAAACUUCUGAGUCUAAUUUCCUUUCUGUUUGUUUCUGUGAAUGUUCUGGAGACCAGGAAGCCACUGAGAAUGGAAGAAAUUUUAUGAUUUUUUUUAAUCUCUGAGAUUUGGGCCCUACAGUCGGGCAGCAGCCAAAAACGAUGAUGGUACAAACCCAGGUGAAUUCCCGGAAGACAGGACUUAACACGGUUUCCACUGUGUUUUCAUUUUUAAAUGAUGAAAACAGCAGAAGUGCAUUCUUCUCUGUAUCUGUCAGCUACAUACCAGCACUAAAACUGUGUUGUAAAACGAAGGCUGUGUUUAGAAACCUUGAAAAUCCAAAGCUAUUGUUGAAUUGUACAGCACCGAAGGGCUUUAUGUUACAAUAUUCUUUAUUCUUUUCUAAUAGCCUAUUUAUUGUAUCCCUCUAGGUAAACUUAUUUAUUUAUGCUAUUUCACUUUGUUUUGUAAGGGCAAGAUCAGGAUAGCUUUGGUGAAGGUCGGGACAUAUUAAUAGAUGACAGUGUACAACCAAAUUAUACUGUAAGCCAGGAGCUACCGGGUACAUUCCUUGAUUUCCAGGAUAGUUUUCCAAUAGAAGCAAAGCAAUAAUAGCAAUAGUACAUAAAUGGGCCAGGCAAUUUUUUAUACUGAAGCAAUAAUUCAUUUUUACCUUCUGAAAUUUUAAUUUUUUUAUUUCUGACGUUUGGUACAAAUAGGAUUAUAUAUAUUUAGGUCAUACAGAGCUAUAAUGUUUAAAACCAAAGAAAUCAAUGGAACCCUUGCACAAAAAUGUAUGGUGAAUAUUUUAAAAGAAAUAAAUCCUUAAGACAAAUGUAAUUCUUAAUAUUGUUUCAUGCUUCAUGGGUAGGUCUGAGAGCUAAACUGUAUCAAAUUGUAAUAAGCUCAUCACAUUUAUUUCUGUGAAAAUGCUCAGUUGUCCCCAGACUUUUUUGUUGAUUUCACUUAUUUGCUGGGAAUUGGUAAACAUCAUGUGCCUGAUGAUAACAAAGUAGCAGAAACGUUUGUACUGAUCUGUGCAAGCCCUGGGGACUGGGGAAAAAAAAAGAUUAAAACCAUUAAAAAGAAACUCAUUUCUAAGCUGAAUGAACAUUUGCAUGAUUGAACCGGGACCAGUCAUUUCCUAAACUACAUAUGGCCAUCUUGACAGCGUUUGUUCUUUUGUGUGUUUAAUUACUAUGUGUAAAUCAUAAAAACAAAUAAAUUUACUGUGCCACCCAG